AUGUUCCGCUUCUUUGGCCGCUCUACUUACUGCGCCGAUCUUGCUCGACCACGUCUUUGCGAGGCUUCCGCGCAAAAACUAACAACAGAUGGCAAGAUGACGGUCACGGAGUCGUUGUCAUUAGUCGCAGGUGACUAUUUUAUUGUAGCCGAUAGCUCGACAGCAAGCACCUCUAGCUCCACGCUUCGGUGUGUGAUGAAAGUCGUUAGUAACAGUGGCAAUAUGAUCACGGAUGAUCUUGUUGAUCCUGGUCGCUGUGCGUGUGAAUUCCCCGUGACAUACGUGGCUAAAGCUUGGCAUAUUUCGCGUUUCGAGCUUCGUGCCCAUGCAAUUCGAGAUUUGGUACCGGGACGAGAAUACGCAGUUCGAGUUGUUGCUUCUAGCAGUAGCUAA